AGAACUGUACUACUUUUAAUCAUGACACAUCUUUAAAUAUAAGCAGCUUCAACACUUAUAUAUUAGGCAAACACAGUGAAAAAAUCUGAAGUCACCUUGCAAUGAUCGUGUGUUUCCUCCUUGUGUUUUUUGCAGCAUACACAUGCAGCCAUGGUGGACUUGUGGAAAGGCCAUUUUACUUAGCAGAGGAUCUCCAGUUGAACAUCCAUAAUGGAAAAAUUCAUUUCACCCUUCCUAACAAGGAAAAUGAUGAUGUUUUAAUGGGUGAGUUUGGAACAAUGUUACCUUCACAUCUGAAAUCACCUCAAGUUUGUGACAAUGACCAAGACAAUUGCCUUCAGUUUAGCUCUAAUAUACGACUGAAUGCAGUGAAGGUUGGUCAAUGCUACAAAAUAGAAUGGUUCACCAGUGGAAAUCUGACACUUUCAGAUUGCUUCGACUAUGGCAAUGACAGCUGGUAUGGAGGUCCUGAGAACAGCAAGCAGUAUUGGCCCUUCAACAACAUGACAUUCAAUAUGUUCUCGUACAUCACUAAGCAGGACCAAAACCAGGCAGUAGCUGAACCCUAUUGGCUUACCUCUUCAGGAGGUUACAUCUAUGUUAACAAAACUGUUCCUUUGUUUAUUGAUUCUAACAAUUUAUAUCCAAACGGCUUAUGCCUUAUAUCUCAGCAAACUCCUCCAUACUUACCUAGAAAUGGAUCGUACUUAGGUUAUAAGAUUUGUAUGUACAAUAAUGCUAAACAAGCUCAUAUGAAUGCUGUCAAGAAUGAUUUGGGAAAACCAACUGGAGUCCCAGAUGAGAGGAUGGUGCAGCACCCUAUAUGGUCAACUUGGGUUCGGUUCAAGUAUGAUGUCAAUGCCACUGCUGUGAAGGCCUUUGCACAGGAUAUUGUUGACUAUGGAUUCAACAAUAGCCAGAUUGAAAUUGAUGACAAUUGGGAAAGUUGCUAUGGAAGUGCCCAAUUUAACAAGUCUCGUUUCCCCAAUAUGGCAAAGCUUGCUACAGAACUCAAUGAAAUGGGCUUCAGGAUAACUCUCUGGAAUCACCCCUUCAUCAAUACGAACUGUAAUCUAUUUACAACUUUGAAAAAUAAAGGGUAUUUAGUGAAAGACCAGAGUGGGAAUGUGGUGAGCUCCUGGUGGGACGGAAUAGGAGGUGUCAUCGACUUCACUAAUCCUGAUGCUGCCAACUGGUAUCUAAACCGCCGCAGAACACUAAUGAAAAACAACAAAAUUGACAGCUUGAAAAUGGAUGCAGGAGAAAGCAGCUGGCUACCUCAGAUACCUGCAUUAAAUUCCAGCAUCUAUGACCAACCAAAUGCAUUUACGUCAGCUUACGUGAGGACAGUUUCCAAAUUCAACAGUAUGAUAGAGAUACGAGCAGGCCACCUCUCACAAGACCUGCCCACCUUUGUGCGGAUGUUGGACAAAGACUCCAAGUGGACUUUUGAAAAUGGCUUACCUACUCUGCUUACAACUCUAUUCCAACUGAACCUCAAUGGUUACACUCUUGUGUUGCCAGAUAUGGUGGGAGGUAACGCCUAUGGCAAAGAUGUUGUUACCAAGGAACUCUUCAUAAGAUGGCUCCAGGCUAACACCUUCAUGCCAUCCAUUCAGUUUUCUGCUGCUCCAUGGGAUUUUGAUAAUGAGACUGUGGAAAUCUCCAAGAAAUUCACCGCAUUACAUUAUUCUUACUCAAACAAGAUAAUCACGCAAAUGGAAAAGUGUGUGAAUACAGGAGUGCCAGUAAAUACACCCAUUUGGUGGAUUGCUCCCGAAGACAAAGUAGCUCAUUCAGUUUGGUCAGAGUACAUGUUGGGCAACAAUUUGUUGGUGGCUCCAGUAGUGGAGGAGGGGGCAGUUUCUCGGGAUAUCUACCUGCCAAAGGGCAAGUGGAGGGAUGAAGUAUAUCAACAGAAGAUAUAUCAUGGACCUAAGUGGUUGAAGGACUACCCUGCUCCCCUUGAUACCUUACCUUACUUCACUCGUGUUGGCAAGAGAACUGAAGAAGAUGAAGAUAUGUAAUAUAAGUUGUCAUUUAAUUUUUCAUUGAGAUGAUAAAUGCUAAAAAUACUUUCAAAAUUAUGUUAGCUUUAAGAUCAACUUCAUGAUAAAUUUCUUCUGAAUGAGGCCUUUCAUUCAAUUUAUCUUCCUAUUGAUGUAUUAUAAUAAGGAUUUGUAAUGUUGAUGUAGUUGUUAUUUUGGUGUUGAUUAUUUGUCUCUAUUUUGCCUGUUAUACAAGUAAACAAUCAAUUUUGAAGUACUGUUUUUGUUUGACUGGAUUAAAAGUAUUUAUUUAAUUUCUGAGAGAACAAAUAAACUUUAUUUUUAUUUA